AUGAGUGCAGUUGUGCUAGUAGCCAUUGCGGCUGCCAUUGGCAACAUGUUGCAAGGAUGGGACAAUGCAACUAUAGCAGGAGCUGUGCUUUACAUCAAAAGGGAAUUUAACUUGCAAAGCCAGCCAACCAUAGAAGGGCUAAUUGUUGCAAUGUCACUUAUUGGAGCAACAGUUAUUACAACAUUUUCAGGACCUGUAUCUGAUUGGCUUGGACGCCGUCCAAUGCUAAUAAUAUCAUCAGUUCUUUAUUUUAUCAGUGGAAUGGUAAUGCUAUGGGCUCCAAAUGUUUAUGUUCUCCUUUUGGCAAGGCUAUUGGAUGGUUUCGGUAUUGGUCUUGCUGUUACUCUUGUUCCUGUCUAUAUAUCUGAGACGGCUCCACCAGAAAUUAGAGGACUGUUAAAUACCCUUCCACAGUUUACUGGUUCUGUUGGCAUGUUUUUGUCAUAUUGCAUGGUCUUUGGAAUGUCAUUAAUUGAGUCACCUAGUUGGAGGUUGAUGCUUGGAGUGCUCUCAAUUCCGUCUAUCAUCUAUUUUGUACUCACAGUCUUUUUCCUACCUGAAUCACCAAGGUGGCUCGUUAGUAAAGGAAAGAUGAAAGAGGCCAAACGAGUUUUACAAAGACUACGUGGAAGAGAAGAUGUUUCAGGUGAAAUGGCUCUGUUACUUGAAGGUCUGGGUGUUGGACGAGAAACAUCCAUAGAGGAGUACAUAAUUGGUCCGGACAAUGAUCUUACGGAUGCCCAAGAACAUGUUGUGAAGAAAGAUCAUAUAAAACUGUAUGGUGCUGAAGAGGGACUUUCAUGGAUUGCCAAACCUGUCUCACGACAAAGUACUCUCGGUCUGGCCUCCCGUCAAGGGAGCAUGGCUAACCAGAGUGUGCCUCUUAUGGAUCCUAUGGUCACUCUUUUUGGAAGUGUGCACGAGAAGCUCCCAGAAAUGGGAAGCAUGCGAAGUAUGCUCUUUUCAAAUUUUGGAAGCAUGUUUAAUGUCGUGGAUCAACAAGUUAAAAAUGAGCAAUGGGACGAGGAAAGCCUGCAAAGGGAAGGUGAAAAUGGAGAUGACGCUUCUGGUGCUGAAUCUGAUGACAACUUGAGAAGCCCAUUGCUCUCACGCCAGGAGACAAAUGCUGAAAAGGACAAUGCCGGUGAACAAGUCAGUAGUAUGGGUAUUGGUGGUGGUUGGCAACUAGCAUAUAAGAAAGACGAGAAAAAUUCAGGAGCACUCAAAAGGAUCUAUUUGCACCAGGAGGGUGGCAUUGGAUCCCGGCGUGGUUCCAUUAUUUCGCUUUCUGGUGAUGUCCCUACUGCUGAAGGUGAAUUCAUUCAUGCUGCUGCUCUUGUGAGCCAAUCUGUCAUACAUGCAGAGGACCUUGCAAGUCAGCAUCCAAUUGGUGUAGCUAUGGACAAGCCAUCCGAAUCUGCUACUAAAGGGCCGAGAUGGAGGGAACUUUUUGAACCAGGAGUCAAACAUGCACUCUUUGUUGGUGUAGGAAUUCAAAUUCUUCAGCAGUUUUCUGGCAUAAAUGGGGUACUCUACUACACUCCCCAAAUUCUUGAACAAGCUGGAGUUGGAGUUCUCCUAUCAAAUAUGGGCAUUGGUUCAGAUUCUGCAUCUUUUCUUAUAAGUGCUCUCACAACAUUGUUGAUGCUUCCAAGCAUAGGUGUAGCAAUGAGACUGAUGGAUAUUGCUGGAAGAAGGUGGCUUCUGCUAUCUACUUUGCCCGUCUUACUGCUGUCACUUAUCUUCCUAGUACUUGGGAAUGUCAUUGAUUUGGGCACUGUAGUUCAUGCUGUAAUCUCAACUGUCAGCGUCAUCAUUUACUUUUGCUGCUUUGUUAUGGGAUUUGGACCAAUCCCAAACAUCCUCUGCUCAGAGAUCUUUCCUACUCGUGUUCGUGGUAUCUGUAUUGCUAUAUGCGCUCUCACUUUCUGGAUUGGAGACAUCAUUGUCACAUACACACUCCCAGUCAUGCUCAACUCGAUUGGCCUGGCUGGUGUUUUUGGAAUUUAUGCAAUUGUAUGCACCAUAGCAUGGUUCUUUGUCUUUCUUAAAGUUCCCGAGACAAAGGGCAUGCCACUCGAAGUCAUUACAGAAUUCUUUGCUGUGGGAGCAAAACAAACUGCUUCUUCAACUGUAAAGAAUUGA